AUGGCGGACGAGGACGGGGAAGGGAUUCACCCCUCAGCCCCUCACAGGAACGGAGGCGGCGGCGGCGGCGGCGGCGGCGGCGGCGGUGGGGGUUCUGGAUUCCACUGCGCCGGGAACGGCGGCGGGGGAGGCGGCGGCCCGCGGGUCGUGCGCAUCGUCAAGUCCGAGUCCGGCUACGGCUUCAACGUGCGGGGCCAAGUGAGCGAGGGCGGGCAGCUGCGGAGCAUCAACGGGGAGCUGUACGCGCCGCUGCAGCAUGUGAGCGCCGUGCUGCCCGGGGGGGCGGCCGACCGGGCCGGGGUGCGCAAGGGGGACCGCAUCCUGGAGGUGAACGGCGUGAAUGUUGAGGGGGCGACACACAAGCAGGUGGUGGACCUGAUCCGAGCAGGCGAGAAGGAAUUGAUCUUGACAGUGUUAUCUGUACCUCCUCAUGAGGCAGAUAACCUAGAUCCCAGUGACGACUCGUUGGGACAGUCAUUUUAUGAUUACACAGAAAAGCAAGCAGUGCCCAUAUCGGUGCCCACAUACAAACAUGUGGAGCAGAAUGGUGAGAAGUUUGUGGUAUACAAUGUUUACAUGGCAGGGAGGCAACUGUGUUCUAAGCGGUACCGGGAGUUUGCCAUCUUACAUCAGAACCUGAAGAGAGAGUUUGCCAACUUUACAUUUCCCCGACUUCCAGGGAAGUGGCCAUUCUCAUUAUCAGAACAGCAAUUAGAUGCCCGACGUCGGGGGUUGGAAGAAUAUCUAGAAAAAGUGUGUUCGAUACGAGUCAUUGGUGAGAGUGACAUCAUGCAGGAAUUCCUAUCAGAAUCAGAUGAGAACUACAAUGGUGUGUCCGACGUAGAGCUGAGAGUAGCAUUACCAGAUGGAACAACAGUUACAGUCAGGGUUAAAAAGAACAGUACUACAGACCAAGUAUAUCAGGCUAUUGCAGCAAAAGUUGGCAUGGACAGUACAACAGCUAAUUACUUUGCCUUAUUUGAAGUGAUCAAUCAUUCCUUUGUACGUAAGCUGGCACCUAAUGAAUUUCCUCACAAACUCUACGUCCAGAAUUAUACAUCAGCUGUGCCAGGCACCUGUCUGACUAUUCGAAAAUGGCUUUUUACGACAGAAGAAGAAAUCCUCUUAAAUGACAAUGACCUUGCUGUUACCUACUUCUUUCAUCAGGCUGUUGAUGAUGUGAAGAAAGGUUACAUCAAAGCGGAGGAAAAGUCCUACCAAUUACAGAAGCUAUAUGAACAAAGGAAAAUGGUCAUGUACCUCAACAUGCUAAGGACUUGUGAGGGCUACAAUGAAAUCAUCUUCCCCCACUGUGCCUGUGACUCCAGGAGGAAGGGGCAUGUUAUCACAGCCAUCAGCAUCAUGCACUUUAAACUGCAUGCCUGCACUGAAGAAGGGCAGCUGGAGAACCAGGUAAUAGCAUUUGAAUGGGAUGAGAUGCAGCGAUGGGAUACAGAUGAAGAAGGAAUGGCUUUCUGUUUUGAAUACGCACGAGGAGAGAAGAAGCCCCGAUGGGUUAAAAUCUUCACACCAUAUUUCAAUUACAUGCAUGAAUGCUUUGAGAGGGUGUUCUGCGAGCUCAAGUGGAGAAAAGAGAACAUUUUCCAGAUGGUGAGGUCACAGCAGAGGGAUGUGGCCACCUAGCCUUUCCUUAUCCCCUUCCCUUCGCCCUCAUUCUCUUAUCCCUUUUGUCUCCCAUGUCAGAGAGAGUAACCAUUAACACAAAAGAAGAGAAAAAGGAAAAAGUCAUUAUAUUCAAAAGCUCUAAACUAAAUAUUAUUAAUAAUCCCUUCUGAAUUUCAUGUCUCUGGAAUUGAGCUGGUAAAGAACAACAGAUUGGUCAGCAACGGAAGUCAACUGAGUUAAGACAGGAAAAGAAACAAGCCCAACUAACUUGCCAAAGGUAUCUUUCACCUGGGCCUCAUACCAACAGACUCUCCUUGUACUAUAUUUUUAAAACUGGAACUAUGAACUUCAUCCAUUUGCACUGUUCAGACAUAUAUAUGUAUGUAUGUAAAAAGUUAUAUAUACACAAAUUAGCUGCACGUAUAUACAUAUAUAUAUUUCUUUUUAAAUUUCAUAUUGAUGGCAGUACCUUUUUUAGCUUGUGUUUUUACACACCUUUCACUACAAUUCAUGACUUCUCUCUUGCUCUCUUUAUUUUGAAACAAACUUUAAAAAGAAAAAAAAAACAGAACAAAACAAAACAUUUUACAGGGAAAAUACCUCUCCUCGUGAAGGACCCAAAAAGUUUACAACCUGCUUGGGUUUUUUUCUCCCUUUUUUGUAUUAAGUGCAUAUUCUGGCUCAUGGGUUGCCACAGAGUCUGAGGAGCAAGGAGUGUAGUUUUUUUAUCUUCCAAGAGGGUGCUGGGGAAGAGAAAAAAGUGUGUUUCUCAAGGGCAGCAAGUCUGCAGAUCUGCAGGGAGAGUCUAAAGACUUGGUGUGGUCUCUUGAUUCCAAGACAGUUUUCCUGGUCCAUCUCUAUCUUCCACUCAUGUCUUUCUAGCCACAUUCCACAUCUCCUUCCUGCUUCUCUAGGGCCCUUUACUUUCUCUCAACUGGCCAGAGUGGAGUUGAGGGUGGGUUCAGGAGGUUAAUUCCACAGGAACCCGAAACACUUCCUGGUGGUAACUUCCCAUUUCCCUGCUUUUUCUGCAGCAGGUAUAGUGUUAGGGACCAGUGUUAAAACUGAUACCUUAGGCACAAAUGUUGGAGUUAUGUAAGGUAAAGGAAGGAAGCAAUGCCCUCUGUACAUAAGGUUUUACCUAUUCCAUUCCUGACCAGUAACCACCUAUAACUAUUACGUUCUCUGUGACUUCCAUAAAUAGCAGUGUUGGGGAGGGAUCUGACAAUAUCUUCAAGGCUUUGGGGAAACUUGGAAUGGGUCAAUGGUCUGUACCAACCAAACCAUAGCCUCAUCUAAGCCGACCAAGGACCCAGGAGGGAGUAGUAGGAAUAUGGUUGAUUUAAGUUGGAUCUCCAUUUUUAAUUAAAAGGAGACAGAAGGAAAACCCUUUUGUUCCUCAAAGAGCUCCUCAUUUGACACCUAAGAGCUAUAUCCCAGGAUCAGAGGCCAGGGCUGACUGGGGUAGGACAAUAUUCUCAGCCUGUGAGUUCUAUAGAUGUUGCAUAAAAAGCACUAAAUCAGGCUCAGAUGCAACUGAAACACAUCCUUGAGCCUUUUCUUUUUUUCUUUUUCCCUUCUUCAUCUUCUAAACAAAAACCUCCAUAGAGGGGCAGCUUUUGCUUUGUCUAACUGGGAGGCAGUCAUAGUUGGUUGUAGUCAGCUCCACUGAGCAGUUUUGGGGUGGUUUGAUUUCUUUUUUGUAACUUGUUUUUGUGGAUCAUCAUGAGGCCACUUUUCUUUCUCUCUCACUCUGUUAUCCCAGCAGUGGCUUGCUCCAGGGUGAUGUGGGAUCAUAUAGGACAUCCUAUCCUCCCUCUGUUUCCCAGACCCAGGUGGAAUCACAGAGUGCAAAAUGUCAGAGUGCAUAGAGUGAUCCCUGAUUUGAAGGCUUUGACACAGGGUCAACUUUUGGCCGAAAUGAAUUUAAUUAUGAGCCAAUGGACCCUGAAAAGAAGAUACGAUUUCCCACUCCAAGAUGCUGAAGAGGCUUUUGACACCAGUUUUGUUCAAACUGUAAAAAUAACAAUUGCCCCUAUUCCCUGAUAGUGGGAAAGGAAUGAACAAAUCUGAGAGUCCAUGUGACAGCCUAAUUGCUGACCUCAGGAUAUGAGACAUAGGAAUUUGGAGGCCCCUCGGAGUGGGUAGAUGGUGGUAUGUUCCUUUUCUGGCAUAGCGCUCACAUGGUGCUUUGGAGAUUGGGUGGGAACCCCAUUGGUAGUUGGCUUGUUGUCAGAAUCUAUUUAGGAAAAGCCCCUACUUAAGGCUGUCCCACCAACAACACCCAGCUACAGCAAGGAAGGGGGAAGGAGACCCUAAAGGACAGGGUCUCUUCUUCCACCCACAGCAGGCCUCCAGUAAUGGAGGUAGAGGUCACUGUGGCUGUGGAGGUCUAUAGGGUCAAGGCCUUCUUUGCAUGAAGCAGUGUUAGGUGUGACUUUUCUCCCCCCACCCGCCCCUUCCUCUGCACUUCUUUGUCUAACCCCUACUAUUUUUCUUAGUCCUGGCUUCUGCCCAGGGAGGCUUCUACCCAGUUUUCUUUUGCAAUUUGUCUUGGAAAGUGGGGCUCAUCCUCCCCCCAGCUUUGCCCCAGCAGAGCUAGCAGGAUCUUUCUGGUCUCCCAUUGUUCUCCCCUCCACACUUGGUUUCUGUCCUCUGGGGCAAAAGGUCAGAGCUUUUUAUGAUCAGGAGAAAAUGUAGGCCCUAAGAAACCUGCCCCUGCAGAAGGGUUCCCUUGGGCCAUGCUGUGGGCUCUCUGUUCUUUAUAUUUUUUAUUCUUCAUUUUUCUGCCCUCCCCUUGCCCUAGGUCUCAGCUCAGCACAGGUACAAAUAUAUCUGUGCUCAGCGCAGCUCCUAGUCCUGGACAGAGCUCUCAGGGAGGAAUUAGAUAAUAUUCCAACAUUCUCAUUCCUGGCCCAUUUAGUUUCAUCCUUCAUUUAACCAGGCCAGUAGCUUUGGGUUAUCCCCUCUUGUAGCUCCAGACCCAGCUUGGAGCUGCAAAAUAGGGCACUGGCAGGAGGUGACACCUCUCUCAUAUUUCAGAAUUUGCCAAUUUAUGGGCUUGACUCCUAGGAGGUAGUUUUUUUAAGGGGACUACAACCUAGUUGACCUGUAGUCUCCAGACCUGGAGGGACUACUGUGCCCUCCCUUCUCUCCGUCAUGCUGUCUGGCUCUGGCUGGAUUUAUUCAGCAGUAGAAACUAUUUGGUCUGUGGAACACCAACAUACUGCUGUUCCUUCACCAGCUUUAUUGUGUCACAUUAGCUUCCUUUUGGAGGGAAGAUGAUGUGGUUGAAUACUCAGAGAGGGAGGGCGGAAGGGAGAAUAGAGAUAGUGGGUACUUUUUAGCUCUCCAGCUUCCAGUUCCACCUCCUGUUUUUCUCUUCCCCUAAACCUGAGCACAUCAUGGCAGGCCUCAUUCAUACCAGGACAGCAUCAGCUCACUCCUCAGCAAUAAUCUAGGAUGUGUGGGUAGUUUAGGGCCCUGGGAAGGAACAGAAUUGAAGGAGGGGAGUGAUGUGGGCGGGGGCACUUGGUCAACUGCUAAACUUGGACACCAAUUUUAUAUUAUACCACGCCCCCGCCCCCCCUUUAAGCCAGUGAGCUGGGCUUCAGUUUUUCCCAGGUCAUGCAUACUUUUAAUUUAUUGAGAGAAACUCUAAUUGUAUUUUCACUGCAGUAUCUUGUAUUUUUUAUUUGUGAUUUAAGAAAUGUGAAAAGAAAAUACAGACACAUAAUGGCUAACAGUGUUUCUUUCAUUCCUUGUUCUAGAGCUAACCACUCUAAAAUUGUUUGGUAAUGUCACUUAGUGUAAUUAAUUGUAACAUAUUCUUUUAAAUAAAUUGAUUUAUUGAUGAGACAGUU